AUGGCAAAUGGUUCCAAGACGAGGUGGGACAUGCUGGCGGCUAAAAUUAACAAGCUCAAAUUCCUUCUUUUCAUAUUCAUCUCUUUCAUUUUGAAUUGCAACUUUAUCCUGCCUAAAUUCCUCAACCAUGAACCACCCAUCAGACAGCCUCAAAAUGAACUUCCUUGGUCCGCCGGAUUCUGCGAUUGUUGCUCUGACCUGAAAACUUGUUGCAUUUCAUACUGGUGCCCAUGCAUCACCUUUGGCCAGAUUGCUGAGAUUGUUGAUAAAGGGUCGACUUCAUGUGGGGCAAGUGGGGCACUAUACAUAUUAAUAAUGUUCAUCACCGGGUGUGGGUGCUUAUAUUCUUGCUGCUACCGAUCCAAACUGAGAAAGCAGUAUAACUUGAAAGGAGGCGAUUGUGGCGAUUGCAUGCGUCAUUUCUGCUGCGAGCCUUGUGCUUUGACACAAGAGUAUCGUGAGGUCCAGAACCGUGGAUUCGACAUGUCUAUCGGUUGGCAUGCAAAUGUGGUGAAGAACCCAGGGCUGGCGAUGGCUCCAGCGGUAGAAAAAGGCAUGAGCAAGUAGAUGAUGAUGAUGAGAUCACUGCAUUAAUAUCAUCUUUAUAUGUAACACUUAAUUCCUUUGCUUUCCAUAAUUGGUUGAUUGUACGGCUUGCCAAUUGAAUUUCAAGUUAUGUAUGUUUGUGAUUGUCAAAAUAUAUUAAUAAAACUGUUACUAUUCAUGUUA